CCCUUCUCCUGUUCCUCCUAUUCCUCGCCAUCAACCCGCAUUCCUUUCCUCAAACCAGUCACUUGUUGCUCCUACCAACUCCGUGAUAGCGUAGACGUAGCACCGCAGGAGCCAUCCAUCUUACAAAGCUUUGCGACCGCCCCCCAUCUCUCAAUCGCCAUGGUUGAGCUUCGUAAGCGCAAGACGCCCCCUCCCGCGCCAGUGCGCCCUACCAAGCAGAAGAAGACCGCGCCCAAGGGCAAAGUCGCCCAGGCAAAGGACGCCGUCGUCGAGAAAGUCGAGGCUGUCAAAGAAGCGGUGACGGGCAAGUCCAACGGCGACGCUGACACUUCCCCUGCCGCUUCGGGCGGUGUCCCCAAAGUCGGCGAUACCAUCACCCUCACCGACUUCGGCGGUGAAAUCGAGACCCACGAGGGCACCAAAACCACCCUCGCAAAGCUUGUUGAAGAAAGCAAAGCAGGCGUCGUUCUCUUCACGUAUCCCAAAGCUUCUACACCAGGAUGCACCAAACAAGCCUGUCUCUUCCGCGACUCGUAUGAGCCCCUCACCGCCGCAGGCCUCUCCAUCUACGGCCUGUCCAACGACUCCCCAAAAGCAAACACCACCUUCAAAACAAAGCAAAACCUCCAAUACCCGCUCCUGUGCGACCCAGCCCAGACCCUCAUCGCUGCAAUUGGCCUCAAGAAGGCGCCAAAGGGCACCACACGCGGCGUCUUCGUCGUCGAUAAGCAGGGCAAAGUUCUGGCCUCUGAACCCGGCAGUCCGGAUGGCACUGUCGCGGUCGUCAAGAAGAUUGUGGAUGGCGGGAGUUUGAGCGGCGAUGCUGCUGCUGCGGCGCCUGUUGAUAAGGAGGACAGCAAGGCUGUCGAGGCUGCCAAAACGGCUGAUGAGGUUGCCGAUACCGCUGCCAAAGUCGACAGCAAUGAGGUUUGAUUGAGCGGAUACUAUCUUUCUCCCGCUUCUCCGUCCUUGCUCCGUCUUGAUUCGUGGCGUGUU